AUGGGCCGCGGCCAGGAUCAAUGGGGAGCUUGGAGUGGCCAGCAAACCGAGUACGAUGGGUGGUACUCGCAGCCGUGGCGUGGCAAGGGCUAUGGCAAGGACCAGGGCAAGGACAAGUCUGGACAGCAGCCCAGGAAGGCCAAGGAUGCCAAGGGCGAGAAGCCUCAUUUCCCGACCUUCGAGGAUGUCGAACUCCCGGCCAAGGACCGACCCUCGCAGUCCAGGCGUGGUCGGGAAGUGGAAACCGAAGCACGGGACGAGGACAUCCCGGACUUUGCCAAGACCUUCCAGAAGAUCCUCAAUGGGCUCCGCAAAGCAGAAGGACGCCUCCGCCGUGGUGGCGAGGAAAAGGAGGCACUGGAUGCCAAAUGGGCCAAGUUCCAGCAGGACCUCAAGAAAAACUUCAUGCAGGAGCGCACGAAGUACAUGGACAGGGUUGCCAAGCUGCAGGAGGAGGCCACUCAAUGCCAACAACAGCGGGUCGAGGCUAUCAGAGACCUUCAGAUUAUCCUGGGUGGAGGCACGGUGGAGCCCAGCAAACCUGUGGAAGCCCCGACCGACAAGGAGGCGGAAGCCGAGUGGGACAAGCUGCUCACGGAAAAGAGCGAGGAGGAGAACCUGGGCGACUUCCUUGCGGAUGCCAUGGCUGGAGGACACCAGCCAGGCGAAGCAGUCAGAACCGCCAUGCUCAAGGUCCUGGCCAAGACCCUGCACGACGAUGGGCCUCCCGGAACACCGGCCAGGCGUCGGACGGAUGCCGCGGCAAUGACCCCACCGGCGGCCUCCCGAGCUGCCCGUCGGGCAGACAAAACUCGGGUCACGGAGAUGGAGAUCGAAGAGCCCUACGUUGGCGAGACUACGAAAGACCCCUACAUGGCUUCCCCGUCGGCGGCUACGGGCUUUAUGGCGUCCCCGGCCCCGAAGACGCGGAGCCGCAAUGGCCCGAGGGUAUCGAUCAAGGAGGCCAGCAAGGCGCCGGUUACCCCACCAACCGGCAAGACAUCCCUCGCAGACAAGCUCGAGGCUGCCCGGGCCGAAGAACUUGCAAAGACCCUGGAGGAGUCCAUCGAUGUCUCAGACGAGGACGAGCUGGUUGGCAACCUGGGCAAUGCAAGCGAGGGCCAAGUGGCCGAGCCGGCAGCCAUAUGCCACUGGCGCCAGUUGGAACUGAGCGCUGGACUUAUGAAUCAGGGACUACUUCCUGGUGAUGGUCCCUGGGUGACACCCUCUUGCGGCUUUUUCGGUCAGUCCGCAGUGCAGCAUCGCUGCACCAAUCCUUUUGCCUAUGAGGCCUCGGAGCAGGCCGGCAAGAUAUACGAUGUCAUUGACCUGCAGGAAUGGGCCUUCGGCAAGAUCCUGGCAGGACUGGACUUCCUUCUGCCCUCAACUACGCAGCUCUGCGAGGCCCUUGGCAACACAUUUCGAAUGCUUGUGCUGAUGGUGUUGAUCCUUUGGCUCUCUGCGCAUGUUCGAUGGCAGCGGCCCUUUGCUGCGACUGCCAAGCCUGCGCCAAUACUCUUGAAGGUGGUCCUAGCGGCGGUUAUCAUCAAUGGUGGCUCCGCUACCAAGUCCAACGCAGAUGACCCAUUGGGGAGAGGAGCUGCAAGUGCAAGACUUGACGAUGUAGCCCUGUGGAUGGCCGGACAGCCCACGGUUGCAGAACAACUUCAAGCGUGCCUGACGAGAUUCGCCCUGCAGACCCCGCUGCAAAGUGGUGCUACUGCUCCGGCACAACUACAUGGACCUGGGCCGCCGGUCGUUGGGCGACUACCGCCGGAGCCGAUUGUCCCAGAGCACCUUGAAGAAUGGGACCCCGAGGAACCGGAAGAGGAAGCAGUCCACAUAUCCUUUUGGGUCACCUCACCGGACAUGGAGGCAACGUCUGUGGACAUGUCCCUGCCCUUCCCCUUGGACACCGAUGAUGUUAAGGACCGGGUGAAACGGGCUGUGCGCGGCUUCGGCACAGACUGGCUUGAUGAGAUAGUCAUGCUCCGGCCCCAGCUCGAGGAGGAGUUCUGCAGUUGUGUUAUGAUACCCCACUGGAACCUGCUCACAGAAAAAUGGGCUGUUGUGGUUGAUGCGGCAGAACUGGAGAAAGGCGUCUUCGCCUUUUACAUCCACAGCCCUAUCACUCGAUUCGCAGUGCUAGGGCAACUGGGCCUGGAUAUGGACGCCGAGGUCGACGUCUAUGUGGCGGGAGGCCUGGUACCGCUGCAAACCGCGGACUGCAUCCCCCCAACCAACGGCUGCCUCAUCAAAGUGGUCCCGGAGGGCAUGGAUAUCCAGUGGGCGAGCAACUUCGAUGACCGCCUAACUGACCCACUUUGUUGGGACCCUGACUAUCCUCACCCUAGCCUUUUGCCAGGGCGAUUCAUUGAGUUUCAGACGAAGAACAACAUUUACCUCCACCGCACCAACCAUGCUGAUGUGAGGCACCCGCGCAGUGUCGCCCGCGAGGCCUUUGGCCUUCGCGACGAGGACUUCUGGCUCAGAGCCCCUACUGACCGACCGCUGGGUAUGUGCAGAAGGGCCAGGAGAACCCAUUCGAUCAUUGCGGUCGUCCACGAGACCGAGGUGCCGAAAGAGGACCACCACAUCGUCUUCUUUGACCUGAGGGCAGUCGGAUUGUGGGUCCAUUGGACCCCCGCGCAGCAUGGCAUUGUCCACCCAGGGAGGUACAUCCAAACUUUCCGCCUCCCACGUAUCGACGGCUACUCGGUGAUUGUCAAAGGUGGCAAAAAAUAUGGCGAUCAGGGGCUCUUACAGGUCGACGACGGCGAGGUGCUGGAGGUAGUCCUUCGACGACAAGGGGAUAUCUCCUCCCCCGAGCCACAGGACUCUGAUGACCAGGAGAGCGAUGACAGUGAUUGGAGACACAACCUCCCCAGCUCAUCCGACCUCACCCCACCGGGACAUCAGGAAGGAGAAGGUCCCUUCGGCCCACCUCCACCACAACCGGUCAACCGCGAAAGAAGCCGAAGCCCCCAUGCAGGGAAUGGCAGGACAAGAGUCCUCGAGCUCAGCCGCCACGUUUCCCCAGUGCAGUAUGACCUUGAAGAGGAGCUGAUAGAGCUACCACAUGGCCGUGAAGAUGUGAAACAAAUUCUUCGCACAUGGCCAGCAGACUGGCUCAAUUAUAGCCCCAUGCAACUGCCACUCAAGGACGAAACGCGCCAGGCUUUACGCGACACACUACACUGGAGUCAGCUCCUGGUGAUGCAGGCAGAAGGCCACGACCUUGAAGCGGAGGUCUACGUCGAUGGCUCCUACUUCCCGGAGGGACAGCGUAGUGGAUAUGGCGUCGCGGUGCUGCUAAGAUGUGCGGGAUUCCUGGCCUUACUCGGAGUCUUUGGCGGCCCCAUUCUCUGUGAUGGAGGAGACGUAUGGGACUUCCACGCCCCGCCGGCCCUGAAGGCGGAACAAGUCGCCACUGCGGCAGCAUUACUUUGGUUGGCCCAGAGCAGAUGGAGCAUGCCCCUCACAGGGGCUAAAAUCUAUUACGACUGCCAGGCUGUUGGCAUGAGCACAGCGGGCGACUGGAAUCCUCCCAACGAGUUUGGCCAAAAGACCCGUCACCUUGCUGCUUAUGUUCAGGGCCUCUUCGCCAACAACCUGACGUUCGAGUACACGCCUGCGCAUGUUGGACAGGCAUGGAAUGAGCUUGUCGACACGGUUGCCAAAGCUGGCGCCCAGGGAGACGCCAGCUUACCGGAGGCUCCACAUGCCAACAUCGCGGCAUUCUUUCGUGCCGACAUCGGAUGGCUCCAUGUCGCACAACGCGGGCUUGCGCAGCACACGGCCCAGAUCCGAGCGGGCCAAUGGCUGGUCGUUCCUGGUGGAAGUGCCCAGGCUUGCAGUCCACUCCAGCCCAGCGACAUCAUCCCCACCACAGGGGGAAACCCAACGGGUCAAGACGGCUGCUUCGAGGUCAAGUGUGUAACAACGAACAUCCAAGGCUUCAAGGGAUGCCACGCCUACCUGGACGAGCAGUAUGCGCUGGCUGGAUACCAGAUUCUGUUCUUCCAGGAGACCAAAGAGAGCGAGGGCAGCACAGCAAGCCGGCGCUACGUGCGGUUUGCCUCGCCGGGAUGCAGCCAUUGGGGCACGGCUAUAUGGAUCAGCAAGGAGUAUGGGAUCGCGAAUUUUCGUGGCAAGGCCAUUUAUGUCAACCAUGAAGAGGUCAGUGUCUCGUACAGUGACCCCCGCCUCCUCAUCCUGAUGGUCGCCCAAGGCUCACUUCGUAUCCUCUUGUUCUCUGCGCACGUCCCCCAUGCCGCCAAGCCAAAGGAACGAAGUGAAUUCCUUGUGAAGCUGAGAGAACACUUGCGAAAUGCGGGCAACUGCGACCUUAUCCUAGGUGGCUGUGAUGCAAACGGGAGACCGCCCCCACUCUUUGCGGAAGUCACCGGCUCCCUGGAGUAUGGGGACUCAGAUGAAGCAGGCCGACAGUUUGCGGAAUGCUUACAACAGACCGGCCUUUGGCUUCCCUCUACCUAUGCUGAAAGCCACACUGGCCCGCAAGAAACAUUCCGGCACGCCACCGGCAACCUCCACCGUAUCGACUUUAUCGCGAUCGGGGGAAGCGCCUACACCCUUGGGGCCAGCAGCUGGACUGAAACCCAGAUCGACCUCGCCGCGACCAAGGACGAUCACUGGCCGGCAGCGGUACACAUCUGGGGGCAGAUCGCCGGGGUCCAACAACAGCCCCGGCUCAAAAAGCCCAAAUAUGACAGAGGCAAAAUGAUGACGCCGGAGGGGCGGGCCAUCCUCCGUCAAGCUUGGGAGGCCUAUGUGGCGCCCCCGUGGUGGAGCCACGUCGACGAACAUUGCCGACAUAUGCAGGCCUACAUCACGAAAUGCCUCGACGAACACUUCGCGAUCACCGCCGACGGCCCCAAGGCACAUUACAUCACCGAGGACAUCUGGAGAUGGAGGGCACAAAAGCUGCGACUCAAGAGUCUGGCCCAACACCGGCGAGGACUUUGGCGGCAUCUACUGCGGCAGGCACUUCUGCACUGGCAGGGCCGCACCAAGGUUGCGAUUGAGCCAGAGAUCUGCAAAGAAGGCCUCCUGUACCAGCUCGCCUCUUGUGCCAUCGGGGUUGUCACACAACGAAUCAAGCGGGAGGUGCAUACCAAUAUAAGGCUGAAUAUCUGCAGUCCUUUUUCAACGGCUGCCCUCAAUCAGCAACACAACUCCUGCAACAGGCCAAACGACUGGGAGUCGGGGGGCGCAAGAAGCAAGGAGGCCGUCGACCACUACCUGCCCUUUAUGACCACCAAGGCCGCCCCGCGAGGUCGGCAGCUGACCAUGACGCCAUUUGGCUCCGUCAUUUCGGGCGACAGGAAUGUGGUGUGA